GGAGAGGCACGAGUCGUUUGACGGCUGUGACUGUCAUCAUUCGGAAUGUUACUGCACAUGAAACACUACUCAUCUGAAACAACGUUUACAUAUGAAGAGAAGCUUUGGUGACCAGCAGAGGAAACGUUCAGUACAACAACAUGUGGAUGAUUGGCAUAGUUGUGUGUCUAUACAGCUUCACUGUAAAUGGUAAUGAGGAAUGUAUUCCAGGAACAUUUGGGGCUGAUUGCAAUCAAAUCUGUUCUCAAAACUGUUAUAUUCCUCCAAAUACCGAAUUGCACUGCGACAUAGAAGACGGGACCUGUCAUGAAGGAUGCAAUGUUGGUUUCUAUGGAGAUCGGUGUGACCAACGUUGUAGCAAGAAUUGCAAAGAACUCAUCUGUUACCAGAUCAACGGGCACUGCAGUGAAGGUUGUAUAGACAAUCACAUCGGGGACUUUUGUGAGAUCGCCCAAGAUCCACCUCCAGUCUUAACAGGUACAACCAAUGAUGUUCCUACAACAGUAACUACAACUGUAAUACCGCCACGUAGAACCAGCUCUGAAACUGUCGCUAUCACAGUCAUCAUUCCUGUUGUUGUCGUGGUACUUGUCCUGGUGGUCACUGUCUGCAUCAUCUUAACACGGUGUAGAAAGAGGAAAACCCACAGAAAGAGUGAUCCUGAGGUUGGGCAGGAAUUACUCCAAGACAUUAAAUCGAGGGACAGUCGCCGAGACGACACCGCUUUGCAUGAUGCGUGCAGAAGAGGGACCCUUGCCGAAGUCAGACAAAUGAUAUCUGAAGAUCCGGUAAACAUAAACAGCAGAGGAAAGUGUGGGUGGACACCAGUCAUGAUAGCAGCUGAUGGGGGACGCCAAGAGCUAGUUGACCUCCUUGUGCGACAAAGGUGUGACCUGUCACUGACAGAUGAUGACGGUAACACUAUCCUUCACGUGGCUUCUAUCAAAGGACAUUGGAAGACAGUGAGAUAUAUCCUCUCAAAGAAAACAGUUGAUGUAAACAUUACAGGACACUGUAACAGGACAGCAGUGAUGGCGGCAGCAAGGUUUGGACAUCGGAAAGUGUUUGACUUACUUGUGAAGAACGGAAGUGAUCUUUCAACUGUUGAUUCAGAUGAAAACAACAUCCUUCACAUCGCCUGUAUUGGAGGACACGUGGAAAUCGUGAAAUAUAUCCUUAAGAAUGGCUUUGGUGAUAUUAACAGCAGAGGGCAUAACAGGAGGACUCCAGUGAUGCUUGCAGCAAACUCUGGACAUAUCCAAGUUUUUGAACUCCUCGUCGGAAAGGAAUGUCUUUUGAGAACUAAAGAUAGAAACGGUACGGGUAUCCUUCACUUUGCCUGUGUAGGAAAUAAUGUUGAAAUUGUUGAUGGUAUCCUCAAGAGAAACAUUGUUUCUAUUGACAGUAAAGACGGCGAUGGAAAGACACCAGUCAUGCUUGCAGCAGAGUUUGGACAUACAGACAUGUUUACGUUUCUUGUAGAUAACCAGUGUGACACACAAGUAGUCUGUGAAAAAGGAAACAACGUCCUCCAUACAAGUUGUGCUCUGGGCCAUGUCGACAUAGUAAAGUGUAUUCUGACACAGGGUCCUGUUAAUGUUGACAGUUGUGGACAAAACCAGAUGACACCUGUAAUGCUUGCAGCAAAGAAUGGACACAGAGAUAUAUUUGACUUACUUUUGAAUAACGGAUGUGACACGUCCCAGUUAGACAAAGACGGAAACACCGUCCUUCACAUGGCCUGUUACGGGGGAAGCAAAUACAUCGUUGAAGAUAUCCUUUCAAAGGAACUUGUUGGCAUCAAUAGUAGAGGACAGUCUCAGAGGACACCAGCAAUGGUGGCAGCCGCAUGUGGAAACCAGGAAGUGUUUGACCUACUCUUCAACAGAGGGGCAGACCUGACACUAGCUGACUGUGAUGAUUUCGGGAUCCUUCACCUGAUCGCCAUGGGUGGACACUUACAGAUGAUGGAACAUGUUAAAAACAUUAUAGACUGUCGCUGAUACUGGACAUGGUUACAGACAUUUACUUGUAGCAGCGGCUUGGACAAUUUGUGAACCUUUCAAAUGAGUUUCAGAUAAGUACACACAUAACGUACCAGUUAGUUAUAGUGUACUCCACAGAUUUAACACUUACAACUUCAACAUUAGAAAGUUAGUGACAGUGCACAUUGUAGUUGCAUUGCGAGACAUACAACUAACUAUUCUGUUUCGUUUGUGCUCUGACACUACUUGUUAAAAAAGUUCUCAAACAUACACAGUCUGGAGAAAAUACGUCCAUAUCUACGUCCUGCAUCAGCUUUGUAUCUCCUCCACGUUACACCGACAGUAUGUGAUUAUUACACAUAAACAGGAGAAAGCAAUGUUCAUAAUUCUUAAUAUAAAACGUCCUGGUCCGUUAGUUGAGAAAGAGAGAGUAGAGGAGUGGAGCAAUUAAACAUCACGCGCUUUUUCAUUUGAGAAAUAUCAACACAGUCUUAGUUAUUCGGUAUUCUUUGGUUCAGUUUCCCUUCCUUUCACUGCCUCUCGUGAACUCCAAGGAUGUCGUAGUAAAUCACUGAACCCUUUAUGUGUAAGUGCUCUCCCGAUGGUGCUGAAGAAAUGUUUGGUUCAAAGUUUUUUUCCACAUGUAUUUUUUUUCGAGUUCAUGUGGGCUUUUUAAGCUUAUAGAAAAUCUCAUUUUGGACCUUGAGACAGAAAUCAAACAAAUCAUUCAAGGUUGCCUUGACUAUGUGUCUGGUUAGACUGCCGAGGAUUACACAAACAAUCAUGUUGUCCUCCAAAGCAACAGAUCCGUAUUGGAUUGCUUUGUGUUUGUCGCUGCUGGGAGACAGAUAUUACAUGAUGAGAUAUUGAUUACGGAGAAUUAGGUAUAAACCACGUUAAUCACAGUCAAACCCAUAUUACGUACCACCAACCUGUAGCCGUUUGGCAACACCCAUGACAAUUUGUUCACAUGGUCUUCAUAUUUACAUACUUUUAUCUUCGGGGCACAUCAUUUUGUAUCUUAUGUUUAUGUCGUGGAUAAAUGCUGUAGUUAAAUGUGUUAUCGAUAUGAUUGCAGGAUUUGUCACAAUCGUCGACUACAAUAGUUCCAUGGACUUGUUUAGUUGUAAAUAGCUGUAAAUUACUGUUGCAUUUUUACAUGAUUUAAAUAGCUUCAGUUGGUUAAUCAAAUAGAUAUAAUAGUCUAUAUAACAGUUAAAGAUAUAUUUGAAGCUAUAUUUAAUCUACUUUGCCAAAUGUAUAUAUUUCUAUAGUCUGUUUGCAGUGAAAACGUACUGAUGAAUUUCACUUUAAACAAAAAAGUAAAUCAAAUAAAUUAAAUUAAGAUUGCGACUCCACAUAAUUUUACCUUGCCAACUGAACAUUUAAAAUUCUUAAUUUUAUUCAACUUAGGAUAAAAGUUGUUUAACAAAGGAUAAUAUUUUCAAAUGGCUAUUAAUGGUUUGUAUCACAAGGGAGUAAGGGUAGCUGUUGUAACAGUAAAACAAAGGCACGUGCGGGACGUGAUGAGUGUGAACCACAUUGACCAACCCUACUCGUUCUCGGUGUUUCAUUUAAUGUCCACACACCCUUGUA